AUCCAGCAUGGGACUAAAACACGCCUUAAACAGUUCAUGACUCUAGUCACAUCGUCGCCGCUAUGCUGCUACCAUGUUGGCCCCUUGGCGGCCUCCGUACUCCUUUUGGCGUCCUCUCCGUACCUUUCCUGACUUUUUGAUCAACUCCCUCCAUUCCCCAGCCAUCAUGUUCAAAUUCAUUAAAGAGAAGCGCCAGGAGCGCGGCCGUUCACCGCGCGAAAGAAUGGCCGCCUCCUUCACACGCCCGCCACGCGAACGCUCCCUGAGCAUCCCCCUCCCACCCCCGACUUUCCUUGCGCGGCGCAGGCAGAAGACAAACGCCCAGAAACAGUCGGCGCUGUUCAACAAGCUGCCGGCUGAGAUAAGACAGAUAAUAUGGGAAUACGUGAUUGCGGACGAGGACAGGCCGAUACAUAUCCUGCAGUACAAGAAACGGCUACGCAACAUGCCGUGCAGCAACCACCGAGGACCUGGAGAGCAGCUGUCGGUGUACACGGGGUUCCAUAAGUGCACAGGAUAUGAAGGAAAUUAUGGGAAUGCGCUUGAAGUGCAACCGGGCGCAAACUUGUCGCAAUUGGUAAAGACUUGCAGGCAGAUUUACACCGAAGCAAUUGAUGUCCUCUACUCCCAGACCGCCUUCCGCAUCGAACACCUAGAUACCCUCACAUAUUUCUCCACCUUCAUUCUCCCACACCAUUUCAACCGCAUCACCACGCUGCGUCUCCUGUGGUUCUUUCACAUCGACAUCUUUGAAGACCUCCCCAAUCCGACCAAGCCACCACACGACCUCGCGACUUGGCAGCAGACAUGCGAUAUCCUGGCUGGUAUGGAGGGCCUGGUAGAUUUGGACAUCGAAUUGAGUACUGAAACCAGCUACUUCAAGAAGAUCUCGUCACGGGUGAAGCUGCUACAGACUAUGAAGGAUAUCAAGCCGAAGGGGAGGUUUGAUCUCACGGCUUGGGCUCCGUGGCCGUGGCUGCGGUUCACUCAAAAGGAGGAAGAGGAAGAUAUGGAGGGGGUGCAGGCACUAUUUAGUAUCCUCUAUCCUGAUAUUGAGGGGUUGCAGUUGGAGGGCAUGCCUUUUCGGAUUAUUGAUACUAAGUGCUAUUAUCACAGUGGUGUGUAAGCUUCUUAGUGUACAAAGCCCGGACGUUGGCGAUCUUGCAUCAAAACGAAUAACGCACCAGUUUCGAGACUUUUGCCAAAUUUUAUCGCUCGCCAGCUUACCAGCUAUCUCAGACUAAUAAGGCCGCUGCGACUUCUCUCAGCAUUCACUUCUCGAAUAUCAAGUCAACACGCAUUCGUAUUCCAUAUUGUUCUCUAUGCUUAGCAAACAAGCUAUCUGGCCGGCUGAAAGAUGACCAAGAUACCCCGGGAAGGCUCAAAUUGAGUACAAUGAGCGCUCGCCGUUUCCAAGAUGCAUCUUUCUACCUCCAACGCAUCUUAAACGUCUUCAAUUAUUUGGCACAUAUAGCUUACGCCAGUACGUAAUUACACGACUUACUUCACGACUGCAAACGA